AUGUUUGAGACACAGCAGAAAUGGGAGAAGUUCAACCACGAGUGGAACUCUGUAGUGUAUUCAUCUUCUGAAAUUCAAUACGAUGAGCGUCUUAAAUCAUUACUUAAGGAAUUCAGUAGUUAUCCUAAUGCAGUCAAAUAUGUCAUGGAUACUUGGUUGGUUCCUUACAAGGACAAAUUUGUGGCGGCAUGGACAGACACGUGUAUGCAUUGUGGCAAUGUUACAACGAACCGGGCUGAGAGUGCACAUGCAAAACUUAAAAGACAAUUGGGUUCAUGUCAAGUCUCAUUUCAGGCAUCAUUUGAGAAAAUACACAGUCUGCUUGAGUUGCAACACACUGAUAUCAAGGCUUCAUUUGAGAAAAGUCUAACUGUUGUGCAACAUCAAUUUAAACCUUCUCAAUUCAGGGAGCUACGGGGUAAUGUGUCUAUCUCUGCAUUGGAGUAUUUGCUUGUAGAGAGUAAGAGAGCCAAUUCCAUUGGUAUUGAUGUUGAAGCUUGUGGAUGCGUCCUUCGCCACACUCAUGGUUUACCUUGCGCCCAUGAGAUUGCUGACUACAUCAGACAAGAUCGUCCUAUACCACUUGCUACCAUACACUCACAGUGGAGGCAACUUUAUAUCUCCAUAUGCAAGAAAGAAGAGGAAACGGAGGUGACUUGUCAUGCAGAAGUAGAGUUGUUUGUGAACAAGUUUAAUGAAAAUGAUAGAACCAUGCGGUUGGAGCUUUUGAAGAAAUUGAAAGAGAUUGUAUAUCCGAGAAGCACUUUUCUUGUUGAGCCAGAGAAGAAACAACCUGUUAAGGGAAAGGAGAAGGUGAAUCCGAAAGGGAAGGCAUACAUUACUAGAACAGUGAAACCUGGUGCAUAUGUUGAUGCUUUCCCUGCUGGGUUGAAACCAUACAUUAAGUUUGUGAAGGAUGUAGCUGCAGAUGGGAAUUGUGGUUUCAGGGCUAUAGCUGCUUCAAUUGGUCAUACAGAAGAUGAUUGGGCUCGGGUUAGGCGUGAUCUAUUGGUCCUGGAUACUCACAUUGGAUGA